CCAUAGCGAAUCUGUCAACAUUGAAAUAGGUUACCUAUACCCUAGUCUGUAACGAAAAGUGAAAAACUUAGGUUGUUUUCGUGUUUUGAUUCCGCUAUGAUCUUUUGUAUUUUACAUAUUAACUAAUUCAGGAAAAGUUAUCAAAAUGAACCAGACAAUAAAUGUGGAUCAACUCAACUCUGCACUAACAUCACUUAGAACGCUCCGGUCUAGUGUAAGCCAUGUCUUUGAAACGCUUUCAAACGGUCUUCGGGCUGAUCACGGCGAAGAUGGUAAAGACAAAUUUCUAUCCGAGCUACAAGAACUACUGAAUAAUGUUAAUAUAAAUGUACGAGAUUUAGAACAAACUGUAAACAGCUUGCCAAUACCAACCGCACCUUUUAAUUUAGGCAACACGACAUUUUUAAGUCAAGACACGACGCAAGAUCGGCAAGCUUUAUAUACUCAAUUGGUCAAUAGUUACAAAUGGACUGACAAAAUACAUGAGUACAGUUCUUUCGCAUACACGUUAUUAAAUCAAAACUCUCUUAAAAGAUCCAAUAUCAACUCAGCCACAAAAAGACGUGGUAAAAUGCAAAGUAAUCACAAUGUUGCUCCCUUACAAGUAGACAAUGUAAUAAAUAAUAUUGGUAGAUCAUACAAUGACAUGAAAAUAACUAUAUCACGUCCAUUUGCCAGCAAUGCUGUUGUACAAAUUAAUUUAAGCCAUGUCCUUAAAGCAGUAGUAGCUUUUAAAGGACUCCUAAUGGAGUGGGUGAUGGUAAAGGGCUAUGGAGAAACCUUAGAUUUAUGGACAGAAUCAAGGCAUAAUGUUUUCCGUAAAGUAACUGAGAAUGCCCACGCAGCUAUGUUGCAUUUUUACUCUCCAAUGAUACCAGAGUUAGCAGUUCGCUCCUUUAUGACUUGGCUGCAUAGUUAUGUAAACUUGUUUAGUGAUCCGUGUAAGAGAUGUGGGUGCCAUCUCCACCACACAUCAAUGCUUCCCCCUGCAUGGCGUGACUUUCGCUCACUUGAACCAUUCCAUGAUGAAUGCAAACAAUAGUCUAUGUGGUAUUGAAUGAGAAAGUGAAAUGCAUACCAGUGUACUGUUUACUUUCUCAUUCAAUACAUAAACUGGAAUAGUAUAAUAUUGUUAGAUUAUAAUUUUGGUUAAUAAAAUAGCUGUUACACUGCA